GGUUGUUUGCUGGAGGAGAAGGUCUGGACCGGCGAAGACUCAAGUCUGGUACAGAGACAGAGAGAGGAGUUGAGUAUGAGUAUUGAGUAUUGAUUUGGAGUAGAAGAGAUGGCGAGAAGGGGUGAGGAAGAGUACGAUUAUCUGUUCAAGGUUGUGUUGAUCGGAGAUUCAGGUGUCGGUAAAUCCAAUCUCCUCUCCCGAUUCACCCGCAACGAGUUCUGCUUGGAGUCCAAGUCCACCAUCGGCGUCGAAUUCGCUACUCGUACUCUUGAGGUUGAGGGAAGAAUGGUGAAAGCUCAAAUUUGGGAUACGGCUGGUCAGGAACGGUACAGGGCAAUAACCAGUGCGUACUAUCGCGGUGCUCUGGGAGCUCUUCUUGUCUACGAUGUCACCAAACCAACCUCUUUUGAAAAUGUAACCAGAUGGCUCAAGGAGCUCAGGGAUCACGCUGAUGCUAACAUCGUCAUCAUGUUGAUUGGCAACAAAACGGAUCUCAAGCAUCUCCGUGGUGUUGCCACUGAGGAUGCUCAGAGUUAUGCUGAGAAAGAAGGCCUCUCUUUCAUCGAGACAUCUGCUCUUGAAGCAACCAAUGUUGACAAGGCUUUCCAAACCAUCCUUGCUCAAAUAUACCGCAUCAUCAGUAAGAAAUCACUCUCUUCUUCAUCCACUGAUCCGUCUGCUCCCAAUAUUAAACAAGGUAACACCAUCACCAUCGAGGGAGGACUCCAACCCAACACAUCCAAGUCCUGCUGUACUACUUCUUGAACUGAAUACGUAAUACUCUACUUUUCAAAUUCAAUCUCUGUUGCUGCUCCUUGUUUUGUUUUCUUCUCUAUCAUUCUUUUUUCAACUAACUAUGUGAUCAAUAUUUCAUAUUUGUAUUUCAUAAUCAUUGAGUUGUGCCUAUCACUUUUAUUUCU